UUUUGGCUGUUGUCAUUAGUCUUCGCCACGUCCAUUCGCCACGGCAGCUGCAACACUCGUCAACCUUCACUCUCAACAGCAUCAACUGUUUCCAGUUUCCACUUUCAGUCUUUCACAAAUAAUAUAAUUAAGGCAGGAAGAGAUCAAGAGAGUUUUCCUAUGGAUCGCAUCGAGCUAAUUCACUCUUGAAAUUUGAUUGCAUUUUCUCGGGAAAAAAAAAUGUUGGAUGAAAUGCUGGAAAAGGACAAUUAUUGAAGGAGUAGAUUUCGAGUAUUCUUUUUUCUCCCUUUUCUUCUUCUUCUUCUUUUUUUUUUUUUUUUUUUAAGCAGUUUUCCGGUUGCUUUGGAUCUUGAGUUCUAGGGCACGUAAUGUGCAAUCUGGCGCGAUUUGCGGCGUCGAGCCUCCACCGCCAAUUGAGGCUUUUCUCGACUACGAUUCCUGGUGCGUGUAUUAUACACAAGCGUGGUGCUGAUAUUCUUCACGAUCCUUGGUUCAACAAGGAUACGGGGUUUCCUUUGUCAGAAAGAGAUAGAUUAGGACUCCGUGGCCUCCUUCCACCUCGUGUAAUAUCAUUUGAGCAGCAAUAUGCUCGUUUUAGAUUAGUUUGUCAAAAUUACUCAGGGUUAUUUAGACGCCCACGUGGGAUGUAUUUCAGUGCAAAGGAUAAGGGAGAGAUGAUGUCUAUGAUCUAUAACUGGCCAGCUCCCCAGGUAGACAUGAUAGUUGUCACAGAUGGAAGUCGUAUUCUUGGUCUUGGUGAUCUUGGAGUUCAGGGCAUUGGAAUAGCUAUUGGAAAACUUGAUAUGUAUGUUACUGCUGCUGGUAUCAACCCACAACGAAUACUCCCAGUUAUGCUAGAUGUUGGUACUAACAAUCAAAAGCUACUUGAAGACCGGCCUUACUUAGGGGUUAGACAACCAAGGUUGGAAGGUGAAGAAUAUUUAUUGAUUGUUGAUGAAUUCAUGGAAGCAGUUUUCAAAUGUUGGCCCAAGGCUAUCAUACAGUUUGAGAAUUUUCAAAUGAAGUGGGCCUUUGAAACUCUGAAACGGUAUCAGAAAAGGUUUUGCGUGUUCAAUGAUGACAUACAGGGGACUGCUGGUGUUGCACUUGCGGGAUUAUUGGGAACUGUUAGAGCACAAGGUCAACCAUUGGCUGACUUUGUAAACCAAAAGAUAGUUGUUGUGGGAGCUGGAAGUGCAGGGUUGGGUGUUCUUAACAUGGCGGUGCAGGCUGUUUCAAAGAUGACAGGAAAUAAUGAAACAGCUGCACGCAAUUUUUUCCUAAUUGAUAAAGAUGGUGCUAUGUUGCUUGAAGUGGUUAAAAAGGUCAAGCCCCAUGUGCUGCUUGGUUUGUCAGGAGUUGGUGGCAUCUUCAAUGAGGAGUUCCUCUCAAGUUUCAGUUAUAAUAAAAAACACGUGCUGAAGGCCAUGCGAGAAUCUGAUUCAAAAAAACCUGCAAUUUUUGCCAUGUCAAAUCCCACCUUGAAUGCUGAAUGUACUGCUGCCGAUGCAUUUAACCAUGCUGGUGAAAACAUAAUCUUUGCAAGUGGAAGCCCUUUUCAAAAUGUUGAUCUAGGCAAUGGUAAAGUAGGUCAUGUAAAUCAAGCAAAUAACAUGUACCUGUUCCCUGGGAUUGGCCUAGGAACUCUGCUCUCAGGUGCACGUUUUAUAACAGAUGGAAUGUUGCAAGCAGCUGCUGAAUGUCUUGCAUCUUAUAUGACAGAUGAAGAGAUUCAAAAGGGCAUCUUGUACCCAUCUACCGAUAGUGUUCGGCAUAUUACAGCAGAGGUUGGAGCAGCUGUUCUGCGAGCAGCUGUUAGUGAAGAAUUGGCAGAAGGGCAUGGUGAUGUGGGUGCCAGGGAGCUCAUGCACAUGUCAAAAGAGGAGACAGUUGAUUACAUCACGCGCAAUAUGUGGUACCCUGUUUACAGUCCUCUUGUUCACGAGAAGUAGGCGAACAAUUAUUUGAUUCCAUUUUAGAGACUAGUUAUGGUUAAUUCUAUGUGAAUUGCAGUCAGAAGUUGUGCAGGCAAAGUGCAAAUUCAUUUUAGCCAUUGCUCUCUAUCAUAUUUUCAAGAGAGACGAAUAAAGGAGAUCCAUCAAGGUUCUUUCCAAUUCAGAAGCUGUAGAAAAGCUCAAAGAAUCAGGACUGUAUUCUACUCUAUGAGUUAUAAUCAUCACUUAAAAACUUCUUAAUACCUAUCAAGUCAUUGU